GCAGGACGCACAGUCAGUCUGCAGCUACCAGCUACCAGCCAAGCUAAUGCAUGCUAGCCAUGAGCUAACAAGGAGCUAAGCUGAGUCUCUCUAUUUUUCUCCCCCAUUUUUUAAAGCCAAUACAUUUCACAUUUUCCUCAGCCUUCGUGUGAGACGCUGCACCCAGGGGCAAGCACCACUUCACUUACUGGAAUUUCUCGGUCAACUCUCUCUCGUCACAGCUGAAAUCGUCCGUCUGAUUAUUUACGGUCUUCAUUUCACCUCACGGCCCUUCCCUCCACCUCCUUGGACAACUUUCUCCCCACUUCACACUUGAAUCUCCUGCGAACACAGAGCCAUGGCAGCUGCUAAGCCAAAAGGGCAGAACUCUCUAGCCCUUCACAAAGUGAUCAUGGUGGGCAGCGGAGGAGUGGGCAAGUCGGCCCUCACGCUCCAGUUCAUGUAUGACGAGUUUGUUGAAGACUACGAACCCACCAAAGCAGACAGCUACAGGAAGAAAGUGGUGCUUGACGGAGAGGAGGUACAGAUCGACAUCCUCGACACAGCUGGACAAGAAGACUACGCAGCCAUUCGGGAUAACUACUUCCGCAGUGGCGAGGGUUUCCUCUGUGUCUUUUCCAUCACAGAACUGGAGUCGUUCGCAGCGACAGUAGACUUCAGAGAGCAGAUUCUGCGAGUGAAGGAGGACGAGAACGUGCCCUUCCUGUUGGUUGGUAACAAAUCAGACUUGGACGACCGACGGCAGGUCAGCGCGGACGAAGCGAAGGCACGUGCCGAGCAGUGGGGCGUGUGCUAUGUGGAGACUUCUGCCAAAACCCGUGCCAAUGUUGACAAGGUGUUCUUUGACUUGAUGAGAGAGAUCCGGGCGAGGAAAAUGGAGGACAGCAAAGAGAAGAACGGCAAGAAGAAAAGUAAAAGUUUGGCCAAGAGAAUUAGAGAGAGAUGUUGUAUUUUAUAGUGGUUAACGAGAGCAGGGUAGCUGCUUAUGUACAUAUACAUUUCUCAGACUUUUGCAUUUAUUUUGUGCCCGUACCUGACCAUGACUUUCUGUUCCUGGUUAACAGGACAUCUGACCGUGUGUCAGGGAGUAGUAAGGUGGCACUCCAUACACCAUUUAUAGCUCUAACUUUUUAUGUGCUGACACUCCAAAAUAAUUUAUGUACUCUCUCUCUUACUCUGACCACGUUACAGAGUGUAAUAAAUGGACGGUGUUUUAAUUUAGGCCGAAGCUUUUUGACAAAGAAGCUUUUAAAAGGCCCCUGAAAUGUUCCAAAAGAAAAACAAAACAACAACAACAACAACCUUUUCAUUGUAAAGUUUGAUGUGUAAAAUGUACUCAGACAACUGUGCAGUUCAAGUUGAAAAAGAUGAGAUGAAAUGAAAGUGUCAUAGCCAAGGUUUUAAAUGGAGGAGGGGGAGAUAUAUAACUGGAGCUCAAUAUUGGGAAAGCCCCAAGUCAUAUUAUUAAGUCCACCGUCUUGAGUAAGAGAUGUAAGUUAACAGACUGUUAGCAGUGUGUCAACCCAGAAUUCAUCAAGUGCCACCGAGAGAGAAAAAAAGAAUCUGCAUCGCACUGGUGAAUCUACAAAGCAUUUUAGUUGAAAGACUGUUGUGUAAUCUUAGCCAGAGCCUAACAUUUUGAUGCCAUUCCUAUUUGUUGUUUUACUAUGUGGUGGUAAUGGUUUUGAACACACAUUUUUAUCUGUGAAGUUUUUCUUUCUUUUUUCUUUUUUCUUUUUCCUCCUAUCAUAUCAACCAGUGUAACAUGAGUACACUAAUCUUCUCCUCCAUUUUUCCCUUCCUUUCCUUCUUCCAGUCACUUUGUUGAGUCCUUCUCAAAUGCACAAACACACAUUGAUCAUUACCCUUAAAUAUGUGAGGGAUCUUAGAAACACUUGAACUUUUUUCAAUUCUAACAUUUCAGAAGUUUUACCUCACUUGGCUAAUGACUUUCAUUGCCUUUUUUUUUUCUUUUGCUAUUUAAAGGAAUCCCUGGUGCUCUGAUAAAAGGUGAUUCCAACAACACUACAUCCUUUACAUGCUGUGUUUAACACAUCUUUAAAGUUUAUAAGAAAAGAUAAUUAAUUGCUUCCAGUCAUGUAAAGAUUUAUUUUGCCAAUUUUUACUUUUACUGGCUCAGAGUUUUAAAUCACCAAUUGUUUACCCCCGCUUUCUUUAUCUUUGUUUUUGUUUUAAAACUUGUAUGUGUUUCUUAAUUGGGCUAAUAUGGGAAUACAUUAAUGGGCAGAUGUAUUUAAAGUCAUAAUAUAUAUAGAGAAAAAAGAAUGUAGGCAGAUAGAUAGAUAGAUAGAUAGAUAGAUAGAUAGAUAGAUAGAUAGAUAGAUGUGAGGUGGUACCUGCCCAAAAAGAAAAGUUCAUCUCAGUCACCAAAGAAAAAUGCUAGCUAGUGCAAACAAAUGCCCACUUAUUAAAUUAAAAUGAAUCACGACUUGCAUCUUGUAAAUUGAUGCAACACUACCUUUGUAAAAAAACCAACUGAUAAGUAGGUAAAGGUUGAACAGGUGUCAGCAGAAGUAAAGCCUGAUUUAAUUCUGAAUUGCCUGGGAUAGAAAUGAAUAGUUAUGGGAAGGCUUUUAGUAAUUUAUGUACAGUGCACACUGUUGCCUACCUGUCCAUUGUGAAUGUGAAUAAUCCCCCCCUCUCUCUCUAUCCUGUUUCGCCUGUAAUCUUCGGGCUGCCGAUGAUGACGACGUGCAGUUUUUCUACAUCCUACCUUGUUUACCUUUUUGUUACAUUAUGUGCAAGACUACCUUGUGUCAUAACACUGUUGUUACAUCUAAAUUAAAACACCUGAUGUGUUUUAUUUCAUUUUGCUCAUGUAGCUGAGUAAUUUGACAGGCAAGUGAAAAGUGAAACGGUGUAAAAAAAUUGGCAAAAUGAGAGUUUAAUACGGUUUAAUACAGACCUAAAUACACUGUGAAAGCUGCCCCUGCUUUUUAUUUUAGUUUACCUAUAACUGAGCCAUUUUCUUUUCAUCAUUACACUUUUUUUGAAUGUUUUAUUUUAAGUUAACCACACAUUUCUCUCCUGAUUCAUUUUUUUUCUAUUUAAGUUAUAUACGAGUAAAUGUGUGCAUUGCUAACAGCAACAGCUCACUAUUUACUGAAUAUGAUGCCCAAUACUGGAGUCUAUGCAAAAAAAUAACUGCUGUAAAUGCAAUGAGGAAGCGUAAAUGAAACUCAGUGUUUGACUGUGGUUUGGCUUUUAAAAAAAGAAACACACAUUCAAAGAUUGUGAAAUUACUUAUUGAUUCCCUGAAUUAAGUAUAAGAACACUCAAGAAUACCCGGCUUCGAUUACAGCCUUUUGUUUGUCAGAUGAUUCAUUUCAUCAAUCGUACUGUCCCGCACGACAAAAAGACAGUAACGCGUAUAAGAAUGUUUGUGGUGGUUCUUAUUUAUUGAAAAGCACACCGUAGAGUGAGACUUUAAAAGAGAUAGGAGACGAGAGGAUAUGUGAGCCAAACUCGAACCCAUAAUGUUAGGAACCCGUGGCACCAGAAUGUUUGGAUAGUAGUUUGGAUUCUUAUGUUUUUUAAGGGCUAACCUCCAGUACACCAUAACAUGAUCGAGAUGACCCUGACAGUUGUAGAAAUAGACAUACACUACUACUUCUUUUUUUUCCUUUUUUUAAUGUGGCAUACCUUUCCUCAGCUUAUACGGCCAUUACAUUACAUGAAGUGCUGUGUGUCUCCAUUGGUGAGGAUUGUUGAAGCUACUAUACUUAAAAAGUGACCACCGUAGUGCUUGCUUACUCUAACAUUGGCUUUACACAGUUGCAAAACAUCCAUAAUCUAAUUUUUCCUCCAUCGUCGUCUUCAUGUAUACUUCUUGACGGCCCAACAUGUUUUCAGCCGGAUUUAAGGGUCUGACACUAAAUAAUGGUGAAGGUUUGUGUGAAAGCUACAAGCAAACUUGUCGUACUUGGGUAUUCAGAUAAGUUGUUUUGCCUUUUAUAUAAAUACCCUUGGAGUUUAAGAAAAAAGGGAAAAAAAGGAUAUAAACUGUAAGUGUUUUGAUUGGAUGGUUUGAUGUAUGCCAUCAAAUUAAAUGUUUCCUUCAUGUUUACUUAUUUUAAACAUAACCACUAAUGUAGCCUAUCUGUUUGUGAAUGCAAGAGGUGAAGCUUACAUUUCAAUUCAUUUUUUGUGAGUUAUUUGGAAAUGGCAAAUAAAGUGGAUAUUACUAAUAAUA